AAAAACUAAAGAAGAGGGGCUAAAACGAAAUAAGACAUGUGCCGUAAGCAAUCUUACAUCUUUACCCUAGCUAGCAAAUAGCUGCACUGCAAAAGCCAUCUUCCUAAAAUCGUUGCGCAGUGGAACAGGACGAAAAGAAACGAUUUCACGCUAACAGUACUUCACCACUUUGCUGGGAACCUAGCGGCAGCGAGCUUUAAGCGAGAAGAAUAAUGGUAGAUCACUCGACGGCCGGUGACCGGAAGGCCCCCAAGCUUCCGGUGGCCGGCAAGCGAAACAUACUCAUCACCAGCGCCUUGCCAUAUGUCAACAACGUGCCUCACCUCGGCAAUAUUAUCGGAUGUGUGUUGAGUGCUGAUGUGUUCGCUCGCUACUGCCGGCUGCGAGGCUACAAUGCUAUAUACAUAUGCGGAACUGACGAGUAUGGAACUGCCACGGAAACCAAGGCCCUGGAGGAGAAAUGCUCCCCGAAGGAGAUUUGUGACAAGUACCAUGCCAUUCAUCGGGAGGUUUACAAGUGGUUCAAUAUAAGUUUCGAUGAAUUUGGGCGAACCUCGGCCCCACAGCAGACUGAAGUCUGCCAGUCCAUUUUCAAGAAACUGUUGGAGAACAACUGGCUUUCGGAGAACACAAUGCAGCAGCUGUACUGUGAUACGUGUACGAAGUUCUUGGCCGAUCGCCUUGUUGAGGGUACGUGUCCAACCGCGGGUUGUAAUUAUGACUCUGCAAGAGGAGAUCAAUGUGAAAAGUGCGGUAAACUUCUGAAUCCGACUGAACUGAAGGAUCCUAAGUGCAAGGUCUGUCGUAACACUCCACGUAUUCGCGACACGGAUCACUUGUUUCUUGAGCUUCCCUUGCUGAAGGAUCAACUCGUGGAAUAUAUUGAGCACAUGUCUGUAGCUGGUUCUUGGAGCCAGAAUGCCAUCCAAGCUACAAAUGCGUGGCUUAGAGAAGGGCUGAAAUCACGUUGUAUUACCAGGGAUUUGAAGUGGGGGGUUCCUGUUCCCCAUGACAAGUAUAAGGACAAGGUUUUCUAUGUCUGGUUUGAUGCUCCUAUUGGAUAUGUUUCAAUCACAGCUAGCUACACUCCUGACUGGGAAAAGUGGUGGAAGAAUCCUGAAAAUGUUGAGCUGUAUCAGUUCAUGGGAAAGGAUAAUGUCCCAUUCCACACGGUUAUGUUUCCUUCUUCACUUAUUGGAACUGGUGAAAGUUGGACCAUGAUGAAGACUAUAAGUGUAACAGAAUACUUAAACUAUGAAGCAGGGAAGUUCUCGAAAAGUAAAGGGAUAGGCGUUUUUGGUACUGAUGCAAAAGAUACUAACAUCCCUGUUGAAGUAUAUCGAUAUUAUCUACUGACUAACCGUCCAGAGGUAUCUGAUACACUAUUUACAUGGGCCGAUUUGCAAGCCAAACUUAACAGCGAGUUGCUCAACAAUUUGGGGAACUUCGUCAAUAGAGUUUUGAGUUUUAUUGCUAAACCUGAAGGUGCUGGUUAUGGCUCCAUUAUCCCAGAUGCUCCAGGUGCAGAGUCUCAUUCAUUGACAAAGAAACUUGCUGAAGAAGUUGGCAGACAUGUGGACCAAUAUCUAGAAGCCAUGGAAAAGGUCAAACUGAAACAAGGACUUAAAAUUGCCAUGAGUAUUUCAAGUGAAGGGAACGCUUAUCUUCAAGAAAGUCAAUUCUGGAAGCUUUACAAGGAAGACCAACCUUCCUGUUCCAUAGUGAUGCGGACCUCUGUUGGACUGGUAUAUCUUCUUGCAUGUUUGUUAGAACCCUAUAUGCCAUCCUUCUCUGCUGAGGUUUUCAAGCAGCUGAAUUUGCCUUUCGAUCAAGCUUCACUUUCUGAUGAAAAAGGAGAUAUUGAUAAGGCAAAAAGACCGUGGGACAUAAUUCCUCCUGGUCAUAAAAUUGGGACUCCAGCGCCUUUGUUUAAGGAACUGAAAGAUGAAGAUGUGGAGUUCUACAGUGCCAAAUUUGCUGGCAGUCAGGCUGACAGGUUAGAGAGGGCAGAGGCUGAAGCUGUAAAAGUUGCUGCACAACUUAAGAAGUCAAACAUUUCAGAUGGUGGGAAAAAGCAACAAAGUAAAAAGCCUGCUGGAGAUGGCAAGUCAAAGGGAACAGUUGAGCCAGAAAUCACCGUCACAAGGCUGGAUAUUCGUGUCGGCUUGAUAAAGAAAGCGCAGAAGCAUCCUGAUGCCGACUCCCUCUAUGUGGAAGAAAUUGACGUGGGUGAAGCAGAACCUAGAAUAGUUGUCAGUGGACUUGUAAAGUACAUACCUCUGGAAGAUAUGCAGAAUCGUAAGGUGUGCGUCCUCUGCAACCUAAAGCCAGCCAGCAUGAGGGGGAUCAGAUCACACGCAAUGGUUCUCGCUGCUUCCAACAGCGACCACACCAAGGUUGAAUUGGUUGAACCACCCGAAUCUGCUACCGUGGGCGAGCGAGUUACGUUUGCAGGUUUCGAGGGGGAGCCCGACGUCUCACUGAACGCAAAGAAGAAGAUAUGGGAGACCCUUAAAGUGGACUUUCAAACCAACUCUGAAUUGGUAGCUUGCUUCAAAGGCAUCCCGUUCUCGACAUCCGCUGGGGUGUGCAAGGUUGCAUCCAUUAGUAAUGGAACCAUAGAGUAGAAAGUGCAGAGUUGACAUAACUCGGCACUGAUUGCGAUAUUGUAAUGAAGGAAUUGGUAGUCUCUCCAGUUUUGCCCUCUAUUGCGCCCUUUCCUUGAAAGAGAAUAGCAGUUGGAAAGGGAAGUUUUUGUGUUCUUGUAGUUUGCAUUUUGCAAUGAUUGCCUCCUGAGAAAUUGGAAUUGUAUGAGAAUGCACCUUUCUUUCUUUCCAUUUGGGUACGGGUAGAUUGAGUUGCACACUUGCAAUGAGGGAGAGACCCUAGAGAGAGCUUGAGAGUGAUUUUUCCUCGUUUUCUAACUCAAGAUUAGGGUUGCGGU